GGCCUGUCAGUGGAAGGAAGCGCUGUAUGUGUGUGUGUGUGCGUGCGUGUGUGUGAGUGUGUGUAUGCGGUGAGGUCAUGGUGUUUUCAGCCGAACAACAAAAUACACGUUAUUAAUCUCUGAACGCUUCACCCGCACGUUUCUAAAGGGUCUGGACACAGAGGUGGAAAUUCAGAUCACAGUAGGUCCAUAGUUAUCUGCACUGGAUGAAUGCUAAGACAUCAAUUUGCCUGGACUUCACCAUGAAUAAAAACAAAAGGGAGAAAGAGUUCUACAGUAUAGAUGUGGGGGAUUCAACGUUUACUGUUUUGAAGCGCUAUCAGAAUCUAAGACCGGUGGGCUCAGGAGCACAGGGAAUAGUCUGUUCAGCAUAUGACCACCACCUUGAAAGAAAUGUGGCUAUUAAGAAACUUAGCCGGCCUUUUCAGAAUCAGACACAUGCCAAGCGAGCAUACAGAGAGCUGGUGCUGAUGAAGUGUGUCAACCAUAAAAAUAUUAUUGGCCUCUUAAAUGUUUUCACACCACAAAAAACGUUAGACGAAUUCCAAGAUGUUUACCUAGUAAUGGAGCUGAUGGAUGCCAACCUCUGCCAAGUCAUUCAGAUGGAGCUGGACCAUGAGCGGUUGUCCUAUCUGCUGUACCAGAUGCUGUGUGGAAUUAAACACCUCCACGCUGCAGGGAUCAUCCACAGGGACCUGAAACCCAGUAACAUUGUAGUCAAGUCGGACUGUACCCUAAAGAUCCUGGACUUUGGCUUGGCCAGGACGGCAGCGACCGGUUUACUGAUGACACCAUAUGUGGUGACACGCUACUACAGAGCCCCUGAAGUCAUCCUGGGAAUGGGAUAUCAAGCCAAUGUGGACAUUUGGUCUGUGGGCUGUAUUUUGGCAGAAAUGGUUCGCCACAAAAUCCUUUUCCCUGGAAGGGACUAUAUUGAUCAGUGGAAUAAAGUCAUCGAACAGCUGGGAACCCCGUCCCAAGAGUUCCUGAUGAAACUCAACCAGUCUGUAAGGACUUAUGUGGAGAACCGGCCCCGCUAUGCUGGAUACAGCUUUGACAAGCUCUUCCCUGAUGUUCUCUUCCCUGCUGAUUCUGAACACAGCAAACUGAAAGCGAGCCAAGCUCGAGACCUGCUUUCCAAAAUGCUGGUAAUAGAUGCUUCCAAACGCAUCUCUGUAGAGGAAGCUCUACAGCACCCUUACAUUAAUGUGUGGUAUGACCCAGCUGAGGUAGAGGCGCCUCCUCCAGUGAUCACAGACAAGCAGCUGGAUGAGAGGGAACAUACAGUGGAGGAGUGGAAAGAACUGAUUUAUAAGGAAGUGCUGGACUGGGAGGAAAGGAUGAAGAAUGGUGUGAUACGAGGCCAGCCACCUCCUCUAGGUGCAGCAGUAGUGAAUGGAUCCCCCCAGCCCUCAUCCUCCUCCUCCAUCAACGAUGUGUCCUCAAUGUCUACAGAGCCCACCAUGGCCUCGGACACAGACAGCAGCCUAGAGGCCUCCGCUGGACCACUGAGCUGCUGCAGAUGACUAUCGCCCUCCCCUGGAGCCUCUUUGUGUGUGGCAUGGUAUCAGAUUUAGGCCAAUCAGAUUGCUUUUUUAAUGCCAGGUGUGAUAUUCUUUGCUUCCCCUCAAAAUGCCGCAAAUAAGAUUUUUUUUUUAAUCGAUUUUUUCGAUGAGAAGCUCCACCAACCCCUGGCUACUAAAUGUGAGUAUUUUUGGUAUGCUCACUCGGUUCUUCUUUUAUAAGCUCAGAUAAAGCAUUUUGCCGUAAUGUUGUAGAAGGAUGACUUGUAAAGACUAAAUUGUGAAUAUAUUUUUUUCAAUUUUUUGAGUCUGUGUUUUUAGUUUUUGUUUCUUUUUGUUUUUGAGUGAAUGUACCUAGAAACAAGCUUCAGAUACUGAUGUAAAAUAUAUAAAAUAGUGUAUAAAUUGAUAUCAAUGUAGUAUAACUAUUUAAUUGUUUUUCCUGCAAAACCCUGUCCCAGAUGGCUUCUUCUGGUUGGUGUUUUCCAUGAUUCUUGCCCAAAACACUUUUAUUUUUGAUGUGUACAGUUUUGUUACAGCAAAUAAUCAUGCACAACAUCAUAAAUGUUUAUAUAUAUAUACUGGUAAUUUUAUUAGGCAGCAUAUGUUUAUUUGGUUUAUACUGCUGUUAAAUAUUUUGGGUGAUUGACUGUGACAAAAAUAUCUCUCACAUAUUGUACAUUCUAGCGUCACAUCCAUUAGGUUCCUAAUGUAUUUCAGCUUUAUUUUAAAGUCUUUAGUUUUAGAAGAGUUACAUACUUUUGCAACACUAGUUAAUUUCACCAUAGUCCAUUUAUGUGUCAGAUUCAGCACACUUUGUAUGGUAUGAAAAGUAGUUCAGUGAAACUUUGAGUAAUCAAAUCCUGAACGGCGAGUGGCCUCUUUUCGAAUCAAGAACAAAUGCAUUCGCGUUUUUUGUAUGAGAAGUGCUAAUUGUUUCUACACUGGUUCACAACAGCUAAUUGUUUAUUUUUGUGAAAUGAAACAAAAUUGAUAAGAAUUUAUUUCCAUAUCUUUUAAAGGUGUUUUUAUUUAUAUUUUUAUCAGGUAAGAAAGUUUGUAAUGGCAGGUACUGUAAAUAAAUGUGAGGUAUUAAGUCCAUAGGUCUGAUUUACAGUACAUUAAUUGGUGAAUGUUUGGGCUAGAAUUUUUUUUCCCCCCAAAGAUGGUGUUUUUUUUUUUUCUCAGAGCAGUGUUUUUAAGUGUGGGAUUGUAAGUUGGAUGUUGAAGUAAGGAUGAUUGGUUAUGAAUGUCACCUAAGGUUUGCCCUGUUUUUGGCAAAAUAGUGAGAAAAUCCCUCAAGCAGAUUUUAAUUUUGUUGUUUCUGAUUUGAAGUGCUCUUAACAUUGACAGUAAUUAUGAUUCUAAUUGACCCUUUGGGAAUUCUUAGCUGCUGUCAUUGCAACUAGAUUCAAUUUGAGUAUGCUAAAAAGCUGUUACCCUUGUUAUACAUUACACAGUGAAGAGAACAGAACAGCUUCGAUAGAAUUCAAACUACCUCACGCUUAACUCCUUGUUUGAUGCACAUUAUAGUCCACAGUUUAGGAGCAGCAUCCCAGUGAUAGUUGUUGGUUUGUUAUUUAUUUGAAAAAGCGUUGUUGUUGUUACAAUGAUGCUUGUGUUUUAGUUUCAUGUGUAUAUGCUGACAUGAAUGAAUUGUAAGAAUGUGUGUAUGGUAUGUCUGUAUGUUUUGUGUGUACGUACUUCAGUUUUAAUUGGCCAGGUGGUUACUUUUUGUUUGUUUGUAUGCAAUAUUGUUUUAAAGCUACUGCCUGGAAUUAAUGCGAUUCUUGUCAUUUCAGUCUGAGAUUGUUAAAGCUUAAAGGAGCUGUGUAAGACAAAACAUACACCAGGCCUUUUGCUUACUUUCCUGAUAAUCCAGUCUAAACCUCAAGCAAGCUGAUGGCUCAGCCCACUUCAUCUCACUUUCCUAUUUAUUUGUAUGCUUGUGAUGUUCAAAAUGGAAACACAACCACAUUGUCUCACAUUCUGACAAUUCUGGCAUGAGAGUCAGACUGAAUAGGAGCACCUGUGACUAACACUGACUAAUGAUGUUCAUAUGAUGACUAAAGCUCCUGAAGUCAUCAUUAAACAUAAUAAAACAUACAAAUCUUACAUGUAGCUCCUUUAGCUGACCAUGUAACAGUCCAUCAGCAGUGGCACCAGCCCUGAAAAUAUUCUUAGAAACGUGCUACACGAAUAGCGAAGAUCAUGUGAAGAUGCUGGCUUUAUAAUGCUCCACUGAUGCAGUUGUAUGUGAAGGUCAGCACAGAGCACCAUACCAUCACAGUGCUGCAAUUCAACAGUGUUGUAACCACUGAAAAUAAAAAAGGUCAAAUUUG